UAUUGAUUUAAAUUUUUAUAUUUUAUUUUUAUAACUGGGUAUGUUACUUAAGUCUUUUAAGUCUCUACUUGUACGCUGCAAUAAAAAGUAUUUUUUCAAUUUACAUUAUUUAGAUUCUUGCUUGGUAACAGUAAAAUACAAGUCAUCAUAUAUUCACAUUUGUGUCUUUAUAGUAUUCAUUAUCUUUAGUAGUAAUUUUAUCUUCUCGUGUCAUAUGACAUAUGUUACAACCUAAUUCAGAUAAAUAAUUAAAAUUUCAUUUUUUUUUAUUAAAAAAAUCUCAUAAAAAUUGCAUUGCGAUUCACGUUGCGGAUGUGCAAGCGGAUGGAUGGAACCGUUCUUUGAGCUCACAAAAGCAGAAUUUCUCCGCGUUGAUAGCGUUAAGCGUCCGUCGUCUCAUUAUUAGAGAGUAGUAAAGUUCCGUGUCGAUCACGUCUUUUACUUGCAUUUAAAUCCAGGUAUGGUUCUCACGUCACGAUUAGUUUCGAGAGUUUCUCAUGCGUCACUGGGUUACUAGAUUUUCUAGUGGUAGGUCGAUUUCCUAGGUCAUUAUUAGGCGAGCAUAUCACCGUGUUGUCAAUUGGCAUAGAACACUGAUCUUCUUGCCAUUUUUCAUGGCGAACAUUUCUCUUCAGCAAUGCGAGGCACUUAGCAAUUUAAAACAUUUUGAGUAAUUUAUAUUCUUGGUUAUACUCUACUUACUUAUAAUGUCAGAAAUAUAAUAAAAGUUUGUAUUCAUAUAUAUACUUUAUAUACCCUACUUAUUUGUAAAUCAGAUCAUUCGAUCUUCCAAAUUUAUAAGUCAAAAUUGAUCACACUUUUUCUACUUUCCAAUCUUCUAUUGUCGCAUGUGUGUAUCUAAUCCUACAAUAUUUUGGCUCAAGAUAAUUUUUAUCUGUGAAAUGCACUUUUACUUCCAGUCUUGAUACAUACUGUCAGCACAUUUAUAAGAGGCUGAUGUUACGUAUGCAUUUGACGGCUCAUGUACAGGUAUAAUACACCGUCUGGCUGGUACACCUUGAACUUCACCGAGCGCCGCGAUUUCGAAACAAUCGUCAGGCAACCGUUACCUUUCCCGUGACUUUCAACGACUACGGUCAGGGUCACGUAGUCAUACAGAAUGGAUGUAUCUGCCAUAACGAAAUCUAAUUGCUGCUCUCAUGCUUAAUUGCUUUCGGCGGCUGACUAAUUAGUAUCGCAGCAGCGUCGCGAUAUUCGAAUCCGGUUUCUCUCAUCAUUUGUUCUCGACAUUCUCUUCGUGCUCACUCAGCAUGGAUCUCUCUUUUUCUCUUCCCUGAGACAUGUGUAAGUUCUAAGGAACCUUUAAUAAAGUAUUUUACUUUUGAUGAUUCUUUGUUUCAAUUCAAUCUAAAGAUGAAAAAUUUUGUAACAUAGCUCCGUUAUAAUAAACUAUAAUUUCCAGCAUUAAAUAAUAAUGCUAAAACACAAGUGUAAACGUUUAAUCAUUUACUCAUUUAUUACCAGACGUAUUGUCAAAGACAAAAAUGUUGGCUAUUAAACACAAGCAAUUGUCUUUUAUGUUUGAUCCAAUUAAGCAUCGCAACUUGAUUUUGUUUAAGGGCAUAGGCGCGAUUUUCUGUUGAAUGCUUUGCUUGAAAUUUAAUGUUUUAAAGAACUCGCUGGGUUACAGGCCGCGUCAGGUGCGUGAUUUCGCUCAAGGCGACAUUCGCUCUCGCGUACCGGGACGAUCUUGAUCCCCGAGAGAAGUCGGGAUCGAGAACAUCGUUACUGUGUGAAAGAAUAAGAAAAAGAGAAAGAGCAAGAGAGAAAGACAGAGAUAGAGGAGAAGGCAGCAAGAGAUAGAAAAAGAGAGAAAGACACCAAAACGAUUGCCCAACUUUCGACCCAGUUAUAAAUAGGUGAGCGACCUCGUUCCAGGGAUGAUAUCUCAUGUUCAUCAUCUGCCAAUGAAUUUUCGAAGGUGGAGCAAUAUCAUUUGCCAAACGUCUUCAAUACAUUCAUCCGUACGAAGCAUUGUUUGUAGUUUUGUACAUUUUUUAUCUGUACAUUUACAGCAAUCGCAAUUUCCGACCAAAAUUUAGAAAUCAGAUGGUAAGAUAAUUCCCAUAACGUACCAUUGUAGUUAGGAAAGCUGCGUAAAGGAACGAAAAUAAUUACAGUUUACCGUAAGCGACUUAGUAUCUAAACUCCUCCCGCUACAUUGUGCUACUUAGUACAAUGAAUUAAUCAAGCCAAAGUUAUGCGAUAUGAGUCAUCAGUUGUCGCUAAUAGACCUUGUAAUCGCAUCCGCCAACACUGGAUUUUCAUCCUUGACAGGUAAACGCAUGGUGUAUCUAUCGAAACUGUAUGGCCUCAUUGAGAAGUAUCUGAAGCGGCUGAAGUGUUUUUGGUUACAAAUAAAUAAACGAAGAGAAAUAUUUAGAAAUUUAUUUUAACAUUUUAACAGCCUUAAAAUUUUGUUCCAUAAAUUACACAAUGGUAGAUGAUUAUCAAAAAAUCUUAUAGAACUUAGGUGUCUCAAAUCAACGUCGCGAUGUAUAUAGACUUACGCGUGCACUAUGGUCAUUUAAGUCACACAACACUCUACGCUGCAAUAACAGUAGGCGGGCGAUCGGGUGAAGUGGUGCAGCAAAUCAUAGAGAAUCUAUAUAUAUUUUUUCCAUCGUUCUGGAUGACUGUAGGUUCCAUUCGUUGUACACGGAUUUUCUUUAUCGUAUUUUGUCCCGAUUAAUACCGCAGAGGCCUCUUCUAUCGUGAAUUGAUGUGACUCAAAGUAGGUCCAUAACGUGAGAACAUGUUAGAUCUGUUAGCACGAAGAGUAGAUGGAGAAGAAGAAGUAGAAGAAGAAGAAGAAGAAGAAGAAGAAGAAAAGUUUGGUUAUAACAAUGCAAUUCAAGAAUAUACGUUAAUCUUGGCUAAAUAAAUAUGUAUUAAAAUAAUCGAUAUAAGAAUCACUCUAUACUAUAUAUUCUUUAUUCCUUCAAUCUUUUUUUGAUCACAUUUCUAUACGUACUUCCUCUUUCUCGCGCUUUGCUAGUUUUUGCCUUGCCAAAAUUAAUAGGAUAGCGAGAGGGGAGGUCGAUGAAAGGGGAGGAAGUUAGUGUGGGGAGAUCCUGUGGCACCCGAUACACUCGACAGAGCAAGAGAGAGAAAGGGGUGGGGGGUAACGAGAGAGGAAUAGCGAAAGGAGGGAGGCGAGAGAGCGUACGACGCGAAUGCGGACCCCCGAUGGCUUGCGAGUCCACGAGGACUCCCCUCGUGCGAUACUUCGGUAUAAAAGCAAAGCAACCUCUUUUAGAUGUAACACACGAGGCAGCAUCGGCGCAUCCUGGCGUGCUUGAUUCAAACAACGCGCCUGCACGUUGGGGCACGGAAUAGUCAAGAAACAAACUGCACUGUGACUCACGCGACUCGAGAAUAUCUUCGACGUCGUUUUAUACGAGACGAGGUGAAGUCUCACUUCGGUGACCAUGGCCAAGCAUUUCGUGAUGUUAUUGUGGAUGUCGGCGGCAUUGACCGCGACCCUGGCAUUGCCGACCAGCGACGGCAAGGCUAGCGGAAGUGAGAACGAUCUGGUGGCGAGCAUAUACACCGAUUGCUUGAAGAAGGAAUCCAUCAGCUGCAUUAAGUACAAAGUAUUUACGUAUGUUGACAAGAUGCUGGCCGACAAAGAGGACAUCACUCUGUCCGAGGGCAUCACCCUUGUAAAAACGUCCAACACUGAAGGCGAGGGUGCGCCAAGAUCUAUCGAAUCUAGCGAUUUGGAUACGCUAUUGUUCGAUCGUCUUGGAAGAUUCCUGAGGACGCAUUCAGUCAAAGUUGACCUCAAAGGCAGCGAUAUUUUGGGAGCAAUUGAGUCUGCUGGACGCAGUUUCGAAGACUUUAGCGACAAUGCUGUCGAAAGCCGUGGAAAAAAGAAAAAGGCGCAGAAGAUCUUGGGACCCCUGAUGAUGGCCAUGGCUCUGAAAGCAGCCGCUUUAUUGCCGUUGGCGCUCGGCGCGAUUGCCAUGAUUGCCGGCAAGGCUCUACUCGUGGGCAAAAUCGCUCUCGUGAUCUCGGCCAUCAUUGGAUUGAAGAAGCUCCUCGGUUCUCAUCAGAAGCACGUGACUUACGAGGUAGUCUCACAUCCUCAUCACAGCAGCAGCCAUAUUAGUCAUGACGACCAUGGCGGUUACGGUGGUGGCGGCGGCGGCGGCGGCGGCGGCGACUUCGGCGGUGGUUACGGUAGCAGUGGACACGGAUGGGCCAGGAGUCUACCACAGGAUGCUCAUGAAAUUGCCUAUCGCGCUCACCAACCCCAACCACAAGCUUAAUCAUACCGUAGAAAGUUUUCGUCUCGCUUCUCGCUCUUCUUUUCCGUUUUCUUCUGACGAUUCUCUUCCCUUUCAUUACACUCACGCCUGCUUCACUCGCCGCAUUCCUCAUUAUCUCUUUCCUUUUUCCUUUCUUACCGAAGCUGUUGCUAUGUAUAAUACCUAGUCUGUCUUCUACCCCAGGAAAAUGGUGCUAUCUAUAGCCUCCGACACUCGCUAUUUUUAAUUUAAAACUUAUUUAAAUCUGCCUAUUCUUUUACUAUGCUUACAUGAUCUCUUAACUUUUUAUUCUUUACUUUCUUUCUUUCUUUUUUAUUCUAUUCUAUUCUAUAAUGGUCGAUUUAUCCCACGACCAAUCACCAGUACCUCUGGGAGAUGCUCAUUGUCAUAUAUACGUAGAUUUACGUGACUUCGUUAUUUAUUCGUUGUAUCUUAUAUAUAUAAUUAAUAUUUAUUUGACUGUUUGACUGCGUGCUUCCAUUAUGAAACCUCUUGUUUUUUGUAAUAAAAAGAACAACAAAUGAGAUACCUCCAUCUUAUCCUGA